AUGAUAUUAAGGAAUUUGGGUCUGCGGCACUGCCGACAGGCUUUUGCCGCGCCAGUAAGGCGAUCAUGUCUCCAGCAAGCAGCCCUCUCGACAGGCGACAAGAGACCGCCAUUGCGAACGACUUUCGCUGAGCCCCCUCCACCUCCUCCUGGCCCAGAAGCCUUCUACCGGAGCGGAGAAGCAGCAGGAGCACCCCCGACCCUGUCCUCAUCCAAGCCCGCGGCCCAUGACCUGCAAGACGCCACCGAGCGCUCGACGAGCUCGACCACAGGCUACUCGCCCCCGACCAGGACGGUCAUCAACAGCAAGCACGUCUCCGCGCCUGUCGACGAGUCCAUAGCCCAGAACUACCGCAAGUUCACGAAGAUGCAGUCCGCGAUCGGCAGCGUGGGGUCGGUGGUGGAGGAGCGCUUCGACCCGUCGUCGCUGCUGCGCGACCCCCCGAAGCCCGAGGACGUGACACUGGAGCUGCUCAUGGCCUCGCAGACGCACAUGGGCCACCACACGAGCCUGUGGAACCCGGCCAACCAGCGGUACAUCUACGGCGCGCGGGCGGGGAUCCACAUCAUCAGCCUAGAGGAGACGGCGGCGGCGCUGCGGCGGGCGGCCCGCGUCGUCGAGGAGGUCGCGUACCUGGGCGGGCUGAUGCUCUUCGUGGGGAACCGCAAGGGCCAGAUGGAGGUGACGGCGCGGUCGGCCGAGAUGGCGGGCGCGUGCCACCUGUUCAGCAGGUGGGUGCCGGGGACGAUCACCAACCGCGACCAGAUCCUCGGGCGUGGGGGGCUGCAUGUUGUUGAUGAGAGGGAUAAGCCGCUGCAAGGGUUCGAGGGCCACCUCACCGAGCGCAGGCCGCUGAUGCCCGAGCUCGUCGUCGUGCUCAACCCGCUUGAGAACUACACCAUGCUGCAGGAGUGCGCGCAGGAGAACAUCCCCACCAUCGGGCUGAUCGACACGGACGCGGACCCGACGCAGGUCACGUAUGUGAUACCGGGCAACGACGACAGUCUCCGAUCCGUAAGCGUCAUCGCCGGCGUGCUGGGGCGGGCGGGCGAGCGCGGCCAGGCGCGGCGAAAGGCGGAUGCAAACAAGGGCGUCUGCACGUGGAGGAACCAGCCCGACAUCGAGAAGUGGAUGCAGGACGAGAGGGCCAAGGCGGGCAACGCGGCGCAGGCCGAGCGCGAGGCGGAGGGGGCGGGUGCCCGGAGCGAGGGUGGCAUGCGUUCGAUCUUCUAG